CCCAAUCCAUUUAUAGCACGCUUUCCCUUUGUCCGUGAUGGACGGCCUUUCAAAUCGCAGCGACGGACGGACGGCGAAAUUGAGAAGGGCGAUGCCGGGGAGCGUGGCGGCGUUGGAUGUGGCGGCAGUGACCGUACCGCACUACUUCCGGUGCCCGAUCUCGCUGGAGCUGAUGCGGGACCCGGUGACGGUGUGCACGGGGCAGACUUACGACCGGCCGAGCAUCGAGUCGUGGGUGGCGACGGGGAAUACGACGUGCCCGGUCACCCGCGUGCCGCUCGCCGACUUUACGCUCAUUCCCAAUCACACCCUCCGCCGCCUCAUCCAGGAGUGGUGCGUCGCUCACCGUUCCCUCGGGGUGGAACGCAUCCCCACCCCCAAGCAGCCGGCCGACCCUCUCCUCGUCCGAUCGCUCGUCGCCUCCGCCAGCGCCGGAUCUGUCACUUCGCGCGUCGCAGCGCUCUGCCGCCUCCGUGCGCUGGCAAGGGAGUCGGAGAAGAACCGUGCGGUGAUUUCUACCCACGAGACGCGAUCGGUUCUCGUUGAGAUUGCGUUUGAGGGAAAGGAGGAACUUGCCGACCAGCCGGCCUUGGAGGCCAUGGCCGUGCUCUCUAUUCUACCUCUGUCCGAGGCAGAGAGCACGGCAGUGGCGACGCGGCCAGAGCGACUUCGCCGGUUAGGGGAGAUGGUACGGGAGCACCCGUCGAUGGAGGCACGGAUCAACGCGGCGGCUGUGAUCGAAGUCGUCGCGGCAGGAGCACGAUCGGCGGAGAUCAGAACUGCGGUUGGGGAGACGGAAGGGGUAAUGGAGGGAUUGGUGGCGCUGGUGGAGCAGCAGGGGAACCCGCGCGCAGUGCGGGUGGGGAUCCGUGGUCUCUUUGCCCUGUGCCUUGCAAAGGAAAAUAGAUUCCGGGCGGUGGCUGCAGGCGCUGCUGCGGCAGUGGUGGGAAGGGUGGGUGAACUUGCAUCCAGUGAUGCAGAACGGGCAUUGGCCACGGUGGAGCUUCUUUGCCGGUGGGAGGGCGGCAGGGAAGCGGUAGUGGCGGGAUGGGGAGGAGGGGCAGCUGCUGUCGAGGCGCUGGUGAGGGCGAUGGCCGGGAAGGCAUCUGGGAGGACGGUGGAGCACGCCGCGGGAGCUCUUGUAGCGGUGCUGGGGAAUUCGGAGACGCUUCAAUGGGAGGCGGUGGCCGCCGGCGUGGUUAGCCACCUUCUACUCUUGGUGCAAGGUGGGUGCUCGGAGAGGGCCAAAAGGAAAGCCCAGCUUCUGCUAAAGCUCCUCCGCUCUGCUUUGCCAUUCCACAACUCCCUCCCCAACUCCGACGACUACCUCCAGCCAUUCUGAAAGAGCAAUUCAAAACAACUAUUCUCUAACCUUGCAAUUCCUCCUCUUCCAUUGUGCAAUACUUACAAAAAAUAAUCAUAUAUGAUUAUUAUCUUCUUCUCUUCGCUUUUUUUCCUAUGAAAAAAAAGGAACCAUCUUUGUUCAGAAAUUUCACCUAGUUAGAGUUCGAGAAAGGAAUAAUCUCAAGAUAGAAUUGCUGGGAAGUGAAAUCAAUGUAGAGAUAAAUUUUGGUCCUUCUGUUUUGAUGUUUGGAUUGUUCUUUGUAGUAGGCAAUGGUGACUGGAUGUAAGUAUGAAUUUCCGGUUGAAAUUUAUGGACAGACAAAUUGACAAAGUUUUCUUUUCUUAUAA